AUUUACGGAACCGUUCCCUCAGACUGUCAGACACUCUGGCUCUGGUGCAGGAACCAGAAGGGUUCGUGUUUGCGGUGACUGGUGGGGAUUGCGCUUGCUAAUGAAAGAUGUCGGUGGAGAAGAUAAAACCUACUGAAGUCGAAAAAAUUCCUUCAUCCCCCACUGGAGGUGUAGAAGCAUUCCCCAUUGAAGGACCUCUGGGGAAUGAACGCUAUCGCCUGGUGGUGGGCAUGACAGACGAGGACCGAGCAUACCGCAAGCAAUGGUUGCAAGAUCAGAUUCUGGCUGAGUCUGAACCCAUAGAAAUACCUGGCUACUAUGAAGCUCGCUACAACCCCAUCAGAAGAGCAAUCAUGUGGCCCUUGAAUCAAGUUUUCAAGCCAAUUAACCCAAGGCUUGGACCUCAGCGGGCUCAUUUCUGGCGCUACCUUGUCGGCAAGGGCUUUAUGGGCAUUUACUUUGCUCUGGGCACGAUAUACUACUUCAAGUACAACAGUAAUGACUGGACGACGGGCAGUGGGUGGCGGGUGUACGUGUCCAGAACGCGUCAGUUACCCGGGCAUCCUGACUAUGGCAAGCCCAGCCCCCGACUGUACCUCUGGCAGCGCCAUUCUUCUAAUCCUCGUACCUCUGGCAGCGCCAUUCUCCUAAUCCUCGUACCUCUGGCAGCGCCACUCUCCUAA